AUGACCACACCUUUGUUAGAACGUCUUUUAAAUUGCAAAGAAUCCACAAAAUUUAUUAUCAUAGAAGAUACCAUUUCGCAGUCCGGGUAUAUACUAUUGAAAGAAUUUAUCAAAAAGGUCGCAAUAAACCAAAAUCAUCGGGUUGUACUAUUAUGUUUUGAAAUAUCUCCCAAAUGGCUCCUGGAAAAUAUCAACCCACAGCAAAACAUAGAAAUAUUUGACGCAUAUUCUAAAUCUGAAGCGUAUGACCUUGAGGAUGAUAUCACCCUUACUGAUUUAUGUGAUAAUUAUAAUUUCAUAAAAAAUUUUAAUGAUUUGUCUGAAAUUACAAACAUAAUUAAAGAUACCAUUCAUAAAUUGUCAUCAUCUAAUUACACCAUAAUAAUCGAUUCGAUCUCGCCUCUGCUUUUAAUUUCUACUUCAUUAACGUUUAAUUUUCUACAAAGUAUAUCAUCAAUGUCAGACACAAAUAUUAAUCGUGUGAUAACGGUAUACCAUUCUGAUAUACCAAAUUACCCUACCUCCGGAAUAUCGGGUUAUCUUAACGUAAGAAACACCUUGUUAUAUCACAUAGCAUCUACUACAAUCAUAAUUAAAAAUAUUGAACAAUUUCGCACUUCGCGUGGUUAUAUCACAACGGAAAAUCACGCGAUGAUUAACGCGUUUAUGAAUUCUCCCGAAGGUUCUAUUUGUACUAUAGAACACAGAAAAAAAUCUGGAAGAGUGUUAUAUGAGAUUAAUUCAUAUAAUAUUACCGAAUCUUCCGGUAAUAUUGUAAUUCAAUUAGUCAAAGACAUAAAAGAUGAUGCAGAACCUGAGGAUAAUACACCGGAUCCAACUACCGCGAAUUUGUUAUUUAAUUUAUCAUUAACCGAGUCACAGAAAAAAGCAAAAAAUGAACUCGUUCUUCCAUAUGUUAAGAUACAAGUUAUACUUGUUUAUUUAUGA